CGCGGCUGUCAGUGGAAUCCGAAAGUUUAUUCCAUUAUUUUAUCGAAUUUAAAAGGUUUUAAAAGGUGGAAAAUAAAGGAAAAUCUUGUGCUUUUACCGGAAAACAUAUUGUCGAGAUGUCCAAAGGUGGAGAACUACGUUUCGACGGUCGUGUAGCAGUCGUCACAGGUGCAGGAGCAGGUUUGGGCAGAUGUUAUGCCUUACUUUUGGCCUCCAGGGGCGCCAAAGUAGUGGUUAACGAUUUGGGAGGCGGCAGGCAUGGCGAAGCAGGAGAUACUGCCAAUCGACCAGCCGAUUUGGUCGUUAAGGAGAUCAGGGAUGCAGGAGGUGAAGCAGUUCCUGACUACAAUUCCGUGGUUGAUGGCGAAAAAGUUAUCAAAACCGCCCUGGACAACUAUGGACGUAUCGAUAUCCUGAUCAACAAUGCAGGAAUUUUGAGGGAUAAGAGUUUUGCUAGGAUCUCUGACCAGGAUUGGGAUUUGGUGCACGCCGUCCAUCUAAAAGGCAGUUUCAAAACAGCACAAGCAGCCUGGCCAAUUUUCAAAAAACAAGGUUACGGCAGAAUCGUGAUGACUUCCAGUAAUUCAGGAGUUUAUGGAAAUUUUGGUCAAGCCAACUACAGUGCUGCAAAAAUGGGAGCAAUAGGCCUGGCGAGUACAAUAGCCAUCGAAGGUGCCAAAAACAAUAUUUUGUGCAAUGUUAUUGUACCAACUGCAGCUUCUCGUUUGACCGAAGACAUUUUGCCUCCGGAAAUGUUUGCAGAACUGAAACCGGAGCUUAUUGCUCCGGUAGUUGCUUAUCUUUGUCAUGAAUCUUGCGAGGAUAAUGGAAUUGUGGUCGAAAGUGCUGUUGGCUGGGCAGGAAAGUUGCACAUGGUGAGGUCUCCUGGUGCCUUCGUGAGAUCUACAAUUGGAGCUGAUGUCUCAAUUGAACAAGUUCGUGACAAGUGGUCAGAAAUCACGGAUAUGUCUAAAGCCUUCAGGAUUGAGACUAUUACUGAAGCUUCUACUGAACUCAUGACGUCCUUACAGGCGUUCCAGGACAAUCAAAACAGCAACUCCUCAGACACUGCAAGUGACCAGUUCCAAUUUUGUUUCAAGGAUUUGAUCCUGUACGCCCUAGGAGUUGGAGCAAGUGUGUCAGAUCCCUCAGACUUGAGAUUUUUGUACGAGAGUCAUGAAGACUUUGGACCUUUGCCAACUUACUUUGUUUUACCGAGUUUGAUGAUCACAAUGUCUAGCAGUAUCGUCAGAGGCGCUAUUAAACACAAGGAAGUCGACUUUUCGAAUGUUUUGCAUGGUGAACAAUACUUAGAGAUUUUGGAUGAACUUCCACAAAACGGUCCUGUGCAAACAACGUGCAAAGUUUUAGACGUCCUGGAUAAAAAAUCAGGAGCUGUAGUAAUCGUCGAAGGUGAGAGUUUUGACCCAAGUGGUAAAUUGAUUGUGAAAGCCCAGUGCAGUACUUUUGUGGUAGGAGCCGGUGGUUUUGGGGGCAAAAGAGAGACUAAUGUGGCAGUGCAGUGUGUACCAGCCCCUAAUAGGAAGCCUGAUGCAGUUAUGCAGAUGAAGACGUCUGUGGACCAAGCUGCCUUGUACAGGUUAUCGGGAGACUUGAAUCCACUCCACAUUGACCCAAACAUGGCCCUUGUUUCUGGUUUUAAGCAACCUAUUCUGCAUGGACUUUGCACUUUAGGUUUUUCGGUUAGAGCAGUAUUAAAACAAUAUGCCGACAACAAUGCAUCCUUAUUCCGGGCAGUAAAAGUUCGGUUCACAAAACCUGUACUUCCUGGUCAAACAUUGGUGGUCAAAAUGUGGCAGGAAAAAAAGAGGAUCCACUUUGAAACCUCUAUUUUGGAAACCGGAGUUGCUGUCAUCACAGGAGCCUUCGUAGACCUCAACGAAGUGAUAGAAACCACCACAAAACCUCCAACAACGUCCACCAACACUUCCACAAGUGGUGUUGGCUUAAAAACUGACGUCAUAUUCCAAAAAAUCAAAGAAGGAGUAGCUGCACGUCCUGAAUUAGCAAAAUCCAUCAACGGAGUCUUCUUGUACAAUAUCACCAACGAAGGAAAAACCGCCAAACAAUGGACUGUCGAUUUGAAACAACUUCGAGUCUACGAAGGACCAGCUGACAAGGGCAUCAAAGUAGAUACAACUUUGACGGUUUCCGAUGACGAUUUCAUGGAAAUUGCUUUGGGAAAAUUAAAUCCUCAGUUGGCUUUCAUGAAAGGAAAACUGAAAAUCACAGGGAAUAUUAUGUUGACCCAAAAAUUGGCGCCUUUGCUGAAAUCGGAGGCCAAACUUUAAGGGCUGAUGCGGAUGAUCGAGAUGAGUGAGUAGAAAAGGAGUUCUAAAUGGUUUGGUCGAUAUUAAGAUGUAUUAUUCCUGGUUAGGUAUUAAUUGAUUUUUUGUUGUGUAUUUUUUUAUAAAUAAAAUUAUU